AUGGCAACUAAUGCGUUUCAACCUGCUGCUGGUGGUGCGGCACGAGGUGAAGCCAAUCUUAGUGGCAUGUCAAAACAAUAUGCUGCCCGUGAUAUGCCAGCAAAUAAAACAUUGAAAUAUCGUGAAAAAGGUCAACAUACACAAGAAGAAUUAAGAUUAAAAGAUCGUGACGGACUACGUCGAGAACUUGAAGAACGUGAACGAAAUAUUCGUGAUAAACAACAACCACAACGUUCUUCAUCCGAUACAAAACGAAUUACAUCUGGUGGAACAACUAGCAGUCGAUCAAAACCAUCAAUAACACAUACUGAAACAAAUAUUGAUGCUGAUGAUCCUCUUGAUGAAUCAUCAUCAGAUGAAGAAACAACAUCAUCACGUCAUCCAUCGAAAUUUUCUAAAAAUACACAACAAAAU